UUGCAACCUGCAUGUCCAACAUUAACCAGCCAGCAGAGACCUGCAAAAUACCAGAUGAAGAGCAGCAAGAUGUCCGGAGCCGUGGUUCCUCACGUCCGGAGCGACUCCGAGUCCGACGAUGACCGCCGGCCAGCGCCGGCGACGACGGUCAGGACGAUCCGCAGGCAGCGGUCGAUCCACAGGCUCCUCGGCGGCAGGAAAGUGGCGGACGUGCUGCUGUGGAGGAACAGGAACCUGUCGGCGGGAAUCCUCGCCGGCGCCGCGUUGACAUGGUUCCUCUUCGACGUUGCCGAGUACAACGCCGUGACGCUGCUCUGCCACGCCGUGCUCCUCGGGAUGCUCCUCCUCUUCCUGUGGAACGUCGCCGCGCCGCUCGUCGACAGGGCUCCUCCGCGUAUCCCAGAGGUGAUCGUCUCCGAGCACGCCUUCAGGGAAGCCGCUCUGACGGUGCACCGCAAACUGGAGCACUCUGUGGCGGUGCUCUAUGACAUCGCGUGUGGGAAGGAUCUCAAGAAGUUCCUCACGGUGGUUGGAUCUCUGUGGGUGCUGGCCGUGAUCGGAGACAACUGCAGCUUCACAUCUCUGUUGUUCGUUGGGUUUCUCUGCGCUCUCACAAUUCCUGCGUUGUACGAGAGGUACGAGACCGAAGUGGACCAUCUGGUGGCCAAGGGCGGUGAGGACCUAAAGAAGUUCUACAGGAAGGUGGACUCCAAUGUGCUCAACAAGAUACCAAGAGGCCCUAUUAAGAGAAGAGUUAACUAGUACUCCCUCUGAUUAUCUUUAAUCGAUGUGAUAUAUGCACGUACAUAAAUUACUCAUGUGCAUCACGCGUGUUAAUCUAUAUAUUCCGAUCGGAGGGAGUACUAGGGUGUUUCAUACGUUGCGUUCGGAUGGAGUUUGGUUAACGGUUUGAGGGGGAUUUGGACUCAGAUGUCCUGUUCAGUUACAAGUUCGUGAGAACACUUGUGGUUGUUGAUGAACUGUAAAUGUGCGGAUAUGCUUGACGUAAUGAGAGUUGAGUGAUGUUCUUGAGGUA